AUGCUGUCGCUGUGGGUAGGAGCUGUUAUUUUGCUUGGAUACUUCCUGGGCAGUGGAUUCUUGUCACCCACAUCCAAGGUGCCAGGUCCAUGGUACACCCGAUUUACAAGCCUGUGGAUCAAAUACCAGGAAUUUACAGCAAACAGAAGGGAGUCAAUCCAUAUGCUUCAUAGUAUUUAUGGGCCUGUUGUCCGUCUGGGUCCCAAUGAGAUCUCUUUCACCAGUCUUGAUGCUAUCAAGGAGAUCUACGCCUCAGGAGGAAGUGGCUAUGAUAAGACCGAAUUCUAUACUCUCUUCAGACAGUUCAAAAUUAGAACGAUGUUUUCGACUUUGAAUAAGGAUGAGCACAGCAAAAGGAAACGCAUUUUCGCGGACCGAUAUGCGAUGACCAACAUUAUGAAGGAAGGGCCACUGGCGGCUAUUCAAGAGCGGGCAAUGGCAUUUGUUUCUCACUGCACUGAAGCUGGCAAGAAGAGUGUCGACAUCUAUGUACUGCUCCAUUGCUAUGCUGUCGAUUGUGUUACUUAUUUCAUGUUCAGCCCUGGUGGACUUAAGUCCCUCAACAUCCCAAAAGACUUUGAGAUCAUGGAGGAACUAACCUACCAUCAAAGUCUCCAAAAAAGCCUAAUCGCUUACUACUUUCCAUCUUGGGAACCCUACUUCCCCAAAUUCCUCCACCCAAGAAGCUCUCCGAAAUCAAACCAAUAUGUGCUGGACAUGGUAGCCCAAUCCAAAGUCGAAAACUAUACACUUCUCGAAAAGCUCAAACGUAAGGAAUUAAAUCUCGAAUUCAUGCAGGCAGCAGCAGAAUGCAAAGAUCAUAUGGCUGCCGGAAUCGACACAACGGGCGACGGACUCUGCCUACUAAUGUGGGAACUAUCUCAACCGCAAAACCUACAAUUCCAACAAAAGCUACGAACUGAACUCGUCUCGGCGCCUUCCGAUGCCCCACUCGAUAGCCUUAUCUACCUCGAUGCCGUCAUUAAAGAGGCACUACGCUGUUUCCCACCGAUACCUAUGUCUUUACCUCGGUAUGUGCCUGAGGGCGGGCGGAUAAUCGAUGGGUAUCUUAUUCCUGCCCAUGCAAUUGUCAGUGUGCAGCCGUAUACGGUGCAUCGUGUAAACGGGGAAGUGUUCCCCGAACCGGAUCGGUUUUUGCCAGAUCGAUGGCUGGCAGAAGAGGGGGCCGUGGAGAGGAAUAGGCAUUUCUUUGCUUUUGCGACUGGUGGACGAGGAUGUAUUGGGAAAAAUCUUGCGCUGGUGGAGAUGAAAAUUUUACUCCGGGAGGUGUAUUCUCGGUUCCAGACUACGGUUGCAUCGGAUAUGGAUGGAUGUAUGAAGUUGGAUGACCAGAUAAUCUCUGCGAGGCCUAAGAGUCAGACGUGUAAACUGGUAUUUACACAUGUGGACCAGAUCUAG